AUGCAUAAUAAUGAUCUAUUUUUACUAUUUGUUCAAAAUCUUAAAGGUCACCGUUUGAACACCACAGUGAUAAAAUAUGUUUACGCUCACACUGGAGUGGGAUGUGUCCUGCUAUGUCUGAGUGAAGACACAUCAUGUAGAUCUACUAACUUCAGAAAAACCUCAAAUUCUGACAAAAAUUGUGAGUUACUCAGGGAUAUUCAUUCAGAAAAAACAGAUCUCUUACUCAAGGACGUCCAAUUUGAUCACUACCAAUUACUCGAUCCUAAUAGGGUAAGUAUAUGAACCGUUCUUAUACAAGAAAAGAAAAAUUUUCAUAUUCGCGUUCACUGAAUACCUAAAAAAUUACUCAUUUCCAUGCAUUGUGGUCGUUUGAGCACUCAGUCCCAUUAUACUCUGCGCGUGUCUGGAUGCGUUGAUGUCAUUGUUGUAUUGUACCACAUGCCUUGGUGAGCAAGCUCAUGUGAGAAAAAUACUAAUGUAUCACGUUUCUAGACAAUAUGCACCAACGAGGUGCAGGACUUAACAAAUUGAUUUCCACUAUAUUCGCCCAAAAUGGCCACCAUGUUAUUAUGCAUGUUCAACCAAAGAAUUCCAUACAUAGGCAAAGUAAGUACCAGAUAAUUAACGUGAAAAAUGUUUUAUAUGAGUUUCUCAUUAUGAGUCGAUCUAUCAUUCCAACUCGCUCCACGAGCUGCUUGUAUAAGCAGCGUGAAUAUAGCUCGAGAAUUGGUAUCUUUUAAGCAGACUGUCUUUUAAUUUCUAGAAACCUCCAGAACCAGUUUCAACUAGCACUCCUCCUGAGAUAACACAAAAACCAUCAUCAAGUAAGGUUUAAAGCAUAUUUAUAUCAUAACUACACGGUCGACAAGGAGCGAUCUCAUGUAUACAAGUUACUGUACGAAUCGUCAAGUCCGAAUCCCUCAAAAUAAGAAUGGAAUUAACCGAAAGUUCAAGCAAAAUGAAUCAAAGUCAUUCGCUCCGAAAUUGUUCUUCAUUUUACUCAUUCACAACGCUCUCCCCACCCCCCAACCCUCCCCCCACCGAACCGAACCUUCUAUUUAUUUUUCGAUUUGUCUCUCAACUCUCAAAUGAAGUUACGUCAUUAAAUUAUAAUUUAUUGCUACAUUUUAACAUUUAUUAAAUCUUAGCGAUUAUGAGUCAUACAAGUUGCUCAAAUGCAAGCUGGCGGGAAAGUUUCAAAUCGUCUGGCUGGUCAAAAUGUGGCAAGGAUAAUCUUUUCAUCACCGGAUUUUAUCGAAAUCAUCCGUAUAGUGAUAGUGAUCCGAUCACUUUACUUGAAGAAACAAGAUGUUGUUCUUCGAUACAAGAGUUCAGCGAACAGAAUGGCAAUUGUAGAACAGCUAACUGGUGGAAAUCUCUUGAUUUGUAUGUAUUAAAUGUAUCCUUCACAUAUAGGCUUCUUCUAAAAAUUUGUUAGUUAACCUAACUAGGAGGUCGUAAAUUAGAAUAUGGGAACUUGUGUAGGAGGGGGUCUGGGGGAUCAACCCUCAGAAAAUUUUUUUUUGAGCUUCUAGGGCUUAAUCCAUUAAAUUAUCCAUCCAUAAAAUUAUCCAAAUUAUCCUAUAUCUAAGCCAUUAUUUAUCUAACAAAAUUAAUUAUGAUCGAAUCUGGAUGAAAUUUGAAUGAAAAAAUGACAAAUUUUCAUUUUGCUUUUACCCUAAUCUCUAUAUAAAAAGUAUAUAUAUUCACCAAAAAUAAAAAAUUUCACUCCCCUUUAAAUUUACUAAUAUCGAUGCCACCUAUUUUGUUUUAUUUUAAUUCAGUAAUAACCGAUGGAGCCUUUGCCCUUCGGGUUACUUUCUGAAUGGAUUAUAUCGCAAUAAAGGCCAAUUUUUACACAGCAUCGAAGAAGGCUAUUGCUGUAGACCCAACAAUCAUCCUGACCGCUAUGGAUUGUGUUAUGAUGAAGAUGUUGGAGUAUCGUUUGAUAGAGAAGGAUGGUCAAAUUGUUCAAAGCCUGAGUACUAUAUCACUGGAGUUUAUCGUGGAUCUGGGGAAAACUGGCUUAACAAUGUUGACAAAUUUCGAUGUUGUCAAAUGGUUUAGAUAUAUAAAGACUUUGCCACUAAAAUAUUGUUUCUGGUGAUAUAACAGAUAUUAGUCUAUAGUCUUUAGACUAAAAGAUAUUAGUCUAUAGUCUUUAGACCUUAAAAGGAUGCUCCUUAAACGCAGUUUCCCCUGAGGAUCAUGCAUUUAGCCGAAUUAUUCAGCAGUUAUUUUCUUGCGUCCCGUGGGUCGGUGGGUGGAAUAUUCACGGAUUUUGUACAGCAGCAGUGAAAGUAUUUUUAGUCAAUGUUAAUGUUUUCUUGGAAAGAAAGAUGCCAGUUAUAUUUUAAAAAUGUUACGCGC